AACUGUGUACUGCAAAGAGAAAAGAAAGAUUAUGUGAUGAGUUUGGUGAAGGAUAUUCUGUGCUCUAAAGAAUCUAAAGGCUUAAUCAAGAACUUUGUUUAUGAAGACCAAUGGAAUGUAAAUAGAAGCGAAUGCAGUAUGUUCUAGUGAAGUUUUGUAGGAAAGAAGUUAGUGUUCUUGAAAUUUGGCUUGAAAAUCCCAAUGUAGAGAAAAGAGCUGGCUGGAGAACUACUGAACCGGAAUAAAUAUUGAAAUAAAUAUCCACUAGUUCCAUGUAGUUGUACAAAUCUGUGAGCAACCUAAACAGACUCUAGAUGGACUAUGAACUGAAUACUGAUUGAAAAAAUAACAAGGUCUAAAUUUAAUAAACGUUCUUUAAAAAAUCCGGCUAGAAAAAUGUCACAGUCAUAAUGAAACUUGCCGUUGUAAGACUCAAAGUUAUUGUAAUCUUCUGGUAAAAGAUAUAUUUUACAGCAAAAUAACUGAAUUGUAAUAUAUUAAAGUCUGUUGCAUUGCCAUUCAGCCAAGAAAGUGAUUUCCCAACAAGACAACAAUUGUGCAAGCUGAACAUUGUCUUUGACCUCCCUGCAUAAAUCAGUAUCUUUUUCAUCUGCUUUGACUUCAGGCAACUAUCUGCAGGGUUAAUAACUGAUAGAACUUUAUUUUGGUGGUCCCUUCUGAACAUUCAGUUGGACUCUCCUCUCAUCCUUUGUGUGCCUCUAUUUCAUCCACUGUGAACCCAUCCUACCAUCACCAAAAAGUUUCACCAUGUCUGAUGUAGAGGAGGAAUAUGAUGAACAAGCAGAGGCAGAGGAGGAGGAGGCUGCAGAGGAUGCAGGAGCAGAACAGGAGGAGUAUGCAGAAUAUCAAGAGGAGACUCAGGAAGAAGAGGAGGAAAGACCACGGCCCAAGCCCAUGGUUCCACAGCUUGCCCCUCCAAAGAUUCCAGAGGGCGAGCGGGUGGAUUUCGAUGAUAUUCACAGAAAAAGGAUGGAGAAGGACCUUUUGGAGUUGCAGACCUUAAUUGACGUUCACUUCGAACAGAGGAAGAAAGAGGAGGAAGAACUGAUCGGCCUCAAGGAUAGAAUUGAGCGGCGGCGGGCAGAAAGAGCAGAGCAGCAGCGUGUUAGAGCAGAGAAAGAAAGAGACAGACAGACGAGGAUUGCGGAAGAGCGUCAGAGGAAAGAAGAUGAGGAGGCUAAGAAGAGAGCAGACGACGAGGCCAAGAAGAAGAAGGUUUUGUCCAAUAUGGGGGCAAAUUUUGGUGGCUUUUUAGCCAAGGCAGAGCAGAAACGAGGGAAGCGUCUUACUGGACGAGAGAUCAAGAGAAAGACUCUUUCAGAGAGACGCUCUCCUCUUGGCAUUGAAAAUCUGCGAGAAGAUGGGUUGAGACAACGAGCUCAGGAGAUGUGGAACUGGAUUCACCAGCUGGAGUCAGAGAAGUUUGACCUCCUGGAUCAAAUGAAGAGACAGAAGUAUGAGAUUGUUGUUCUGCUGAACAGGAUUUCUCAUGCCCAAAAGUUCAAAAAAGGCCAUGGUAAAGGAAAGGUUGGAGGUCGCUGGAAAUAAGAAAAUGGGAAAUAAUGAAAAGACACCAUGGAUGCUUUUACUUUUGACUCUUCGGACAAUUUUACAGCCUGUGCAAAAGAAUAAUAUUUCUGAAUGUAUUCGAAACUCCUCUGAUGUGUUUGGAUGAGAUGAAUCACUUCUAUAUUAUUUUCAUUCGUAAGGCACUUAAGGAAAAAAGUGUCUGCUACAUUAAUAAAUGUAAAUGAAAAGUUG